UGGUGCCAAAGUCGGUGAAGCCGUGCUGCUCCACGAGUGCGCUCACGGUUAGCACGCUGACGGUUCACAUCUCCAAGCAACAUUCAGGCAGACGUACGGACGUCAGACUGUCUUAGUUUAGAGUGAGUAAUGAGAGAUAAGGACGUCCUGCCUCCAUGCUUACUUUUAACAAAAAAGAAGUCAUGGAUUCUAACGACGGGAAGAAGAGACGAAAGGUAAACGGGGUUGUGCGGUGCUGCAGGCGGAGCGUGGCCGGAAGGAUGAAACGAGAGAUGGGCAAAGUCCUCAGCUCCAUCACGGUGGAGGAUAACAACCGUCAUAAGGAGCCCGUACAGGAGGAAGAGGAGGACUACGACUGCUUCCCUAUCGGUUUCCUCCGGAGUGACCUGCUGGAACCCCACAUGGUCGUGUGUCCACGCUACAGCCUGCUGCGAGAGGUCGGUCGUGGAAGUUACGGGGUUGUGUAUGAGGCUGUAGCCCGGAAAACAGGGGCCAGGGUGGCGGUGAAGAGGCUGCAGUGUGACGCUCCGGAAAACGUGGAGUUGGCUCUAGCCGAAUUCUGGGCCCUGACGAGCUUGGAGAACCGACACCAGAAUGUAGUCCAGCUGGAGGAGUGUGUCCUACAGAGGAACGGCUUGGCCCAGAAGAUGAGCCACGGAAACAAGAAGUCCAAGCAGUACCUGGGCCUGGUGGAGACUUCACUCAAAGGAGAGCGCAUCCUGGGUUACACAGAGGAGCCGUGUUACCUCUGGUUUGUCAUGGAGUUUUGCGAUGGUGGGGACCUCAACCAGUACAUUUUGUCCCGUCGGCCCGACCCCCAGACCAACAGGAACUUUAUGCGCCAGCUGACCAGUGCUGUGGCUUUCCUGCACAAGAACAGCAUCGUCCACCGUGAUCUCAAACCAGACAACAUUCUCAUCUCCCAGAAGUCUGGUUCUCCUGUUCUUAAAGUGGCUGACUUUGGCCUCAGUAAAGUCUGCGCUGGCCUGACCUCCAAAAACAAUGAAGAACACCCUGUAGCAGGAGCAGGUGGCAGAGGGAGCAACCAGAACACCGUGGUCAACAUAAACAAGUUCUGGUUGUCGUCGGCUUGCGGCUCGGACUUCUACAUGGCCCCUGAGGUGUGGGAGGGCCACUACACGGCCAAGGCGGAUAUCUUUGCCCUGGGAAUCAUCAUCUGGGCAAUGAUUGAAAGGAUCACAUUUAUUGAUGCAGAGUCCAAGCGUGAGCUGCUGGGCACUUAUGUUCGGCAAGGCUCAGAAAUUGUCCCUGUUGGGGAGGCUUUGCUGGAGAACCCCAAGAUGGUGCUCCAUAUCCCUCAGAAGGCCAGAAGCUCCAUGUCUGAAGAGGUGAAGAAACUCCUCCAUGAUAUGCUUGCAGUAAACCCUCAGGACCGACCAGAUGCCCUCCAGCUGGAGGUGCGGAUGGACCAAAUUACAUGUACAUGACAGGUCGCACCUUCCUCAAACCUCUCCUUUUCCCCUAACCAGUCACAGAAGGGACCUUUUUACUUCCCAGGUAAGAUCCAUGUCCUUA